AUGGCGGAGUAUAAAGGAAAUAAAAUAGAUUUAACGAAAGCGUUCUUAUUGGAAAAACAACGAGAGGAGCAAUUAGAAAAAUUUGAAAAAACAGCAUCCGAGUUGAAGGAAAAGAAUAGAUUAGGAUCUAUUGCAUCAAAAUUUGCAGCCGAUGAGAAAAAGAACGUUCGGGAUAAUGCGCUCGUUGAACAUACCAUCGGAUUAGUAACACUCGAAGAUUUUACUCGAAAACGUUUGGAGUUGGAAAAAGAGAAGGAACGUCAACAAAAAAAGAAAGAAAAAAAGAAACAGAAAAAGCUGGUUCAUGUCUUGUCUUUUCAAGAUGAAUUACAAGAGGAGGAAGAAGGUGUCGAGCCUGAAAUGAAAAAAAUCAAGAAAAAUCCACAAGUAGAUACAAGUUUUUUACCCGAUAAACAACGUGAACAAGAAGAACAAGAUCAAAUCGAAAAAUUAAGAAAGGAAUGGCUUGCUGAACAAGAAAAAAUUAAGAAUGAGGAUAUUGAAAUUACAUACAGUUAUUGGGAUGGACGCGGUCACAGAAAGUCUAUCGUUGUGAAAAAAGGAACGACUGUGGAGAGCUUCUUGUAUAAGGUCCAACAAGAGUGGCAAGAAUUGAAGAGAAUUUCUGUUUCUGAUUUAAUGUACAUUAAGGAAGACUUGAUCAUUCCUCAUCACUAUUCUUUCUAUGAUUUAAUUGUAAAUAAUACAAAGGGAAAAACAGGUGUCAUGUUUAGAUUUGACGUUCACGAUGACGUCCGAGCAGUGAGUGACGCCACUGUGGAAAAGCAAGAAGCUCACGCUUCCAAAAUAGUAGACCGGAGAUUCUUUGAAAAACACAAGAAUGAGCUUCCUUAUUCGAAAUGGGAGGUUUACAAUCCCAAGAAACAUGUCAGCAAGCAAUAA